UAUUAGGUUGUUGUUGGUGUUGUUCAGCUUUACGACCAAGGUACAAAAGACUUGUUGAUAACAUUUUUCCAAUAAAUCCGCAGGAUGGACUUGUCAAAAAUAAUAUGGAGAAAUUAACAUUCUACUCAUUGAGUAGCCCAGAAAAAUUGGAUAGAAUCGGAGAGUAUUUAUUUCAACGAGCUUCAAGAGAUAUUUAUAGACGACGAAAUGGAUUCGUUGUUAUUGCUAUGGAAGCAAUGGAUCAGCUUCUACUUGCUUGUCAUGCACAAACUUUGAAUCUUUUUGUUGAAAGCUUUUUGAAAAUGAUUCAAAAACUUUUAGAAUCCACAGAUCCUCAACUACAAAUUUUGGCUACACAAUCGUUUGUCCGCUUUGCCAACAUCGAGGAGGACACGCCAUCUUAUCACACACGUUACGAUUUCUUUGUAUCAAAGUACUCUGCCAUGUGUCACGCCAACAACGACAAUCUGGAAACUCGUAAACAGAUUCGACUUGCCGGUAUUCAAGGGUUGCAAGGUGUCGUGAGGAAAACCCUUUCUGAUGAUUUAGUAGAAAAUAUAUGGGAAUCAGUGCACAUGGAUAAAAUUGUUCCAUCACUCUUAUAUAAUAUGCAAACUGCAAGGUAUGUGGAGAAAGAAAAUUCAACACCAGAUAGUCCCACAGAAGAGAGGUCAAAUCCUCCCCAGUUUGCUGAAACAUGUAUGCGGGAACUUGUCGGUCGUGCAUCUUUUGGUCAUAUCCGUUGUGUCAUUCGACCUGUAUUGAGACACUUGGAUAACCAUCAGUUAUGGGUUCCUAAUUAUUUUGCAAUCCACACAUUCCGAAUAAUUAUGUUUUCUAUUCAAUCACAAUAUUCCUAUACAGUCGUUGAAGCUUUAAUGACUCAUCUCGAUGAUAAUUCAAAAUCUUCACCGAAGAUUCGAACAAGUAUUGCAGAUACAUUGUCAAAAAUUAUUGCCAUCGCUGCAGGAGAAAGUGUGGGGCCAUCUGUACUAGAGAUAAUAAAUUCUCUUCUUUCUCAUUUGCGUAUAAGUGUAACAAGAAAUCAGUAUUCUAGUAAUGAUGAGCAGCUUUAUCAAGAAGCUCUCAUUAACGCUCUUGGAGAAUUCGCAAACCAUCUUCCAGAUUAUCAAAAAAUUGAAAUAAUGAUGUUUAUAAUGAGUAAAGUUCCAUGUAGUCAACCAGAUCGUUUUAUUACUGUUGGAAAAGGAGACGUCUUAUUACAAAGUAUACUAUUAAAAUCUUUGUUAAAGGUUGGCACAAAAUAUCAAACAAUUCAUUUGAACACAACAUUCCCGCCAAGUUUUUUGGAGCCUUUAUUAAGAAUGUCUCUCGUAGCUGAUGCUGAGAUGAGACUUUUAGUUCAAAAAAUUUUCCAUACAUUAAUUGACAGACAUCACAAUAUUAAUAAGCUUACAAAACCGACGCUUAAUAUAUUAGAACUUGAUCUUGUGGUUAACAAAUCAUCUCGUCCAGAUGUAAUAUUUAUCCGUAAACAUGGUCCAGAAAUAUAUUUGGCACUUUAUGAAUCGAUUGAACUUUCGAGUAAUACCGUUGAAAAUAUAGAAGCGAUAUAUACCACAUUGGCUCUUCUUAUUGUAGAAUUGGCUUCUGAAGAAACGGUUCUAGAACAACUAAGACUUAUUUUGAGCCUUCAAGAUCUUGCUAUUGUUAAUAGUCAACUUAGUACAACGUUAAAGUUAAAUUUACAUGCAAUUGUUGUAAGCUUAUUGAUUCUUAUCUCUCACGUCUGUAGUUUGACUUAUCUUAUUGAUUAUGUUGAAAAGAUUAUUACUGCUCGUGAAAAAGAAGGAAUUCAUCUGUUGCCACCACUAAAAUCUGACUAUGAUGAUGAUUUGCCCACCAAAUUUUCUAGUUCUAUGCUAGUUGAUCAAAGCAUAGUGACCGAGUGCCUAAAAAUGGCCGGUUUUGAUGCUGGAAAAUUACAACAAGGUUCUAAAUACAAUAGUAAUUCUUUACAACAUCGUCAUUCUUGGGUUGAUACUGCUGGACGUACUUCUAUUACGGAUAUCAAUUCUGGAAGUGUAGAACUAGAUAGCGGAGGUUCAUCUCCAGGAACACAAAAAAAAAUGAUGGUCGAAGAGUUAACAUUUGAAAGUAUGAAGAAAAUAUUAACUGAAUCUAGUAACAUCCAGAAUGAGGAUGAAGAGAAAAGAAUACAAUUAUCAGAAUACUUUAGAAAUGCCUCAUUUCAAGAUCUCAUUCUUAAAACUCAACCACAGCACGAUGUAUUGCAGAGUAAAUUAUCUGAUAUAUUUAAUUCACUUACGGUGGAGCCAAGAAAUUUAUCUCAACAAAAUAUUCAAGCAAUUGACCCUAAGUCAACUCCAACACCAGCAUAUGAAAUUCAUUUUCCAGAGUUAUUUGUUUAUUAA